AUGAGUUCUAAUUUUUCAAGAUCACGUUCAAAAAAUACGUCACCAUCAUCAAGUUCUCAAUCUUUAGAGAUUGCAGGGUCUAGCAGAGAAACUCAGAUUAAAACCACAAAAGAAAUUAAAUGUGAUGAUCUAGAAGAAUUAGAACAGCAAAUAACAUUCAGCUUAUUAAAUGAGGUAUAUAGUAGUAACUGA